GUUAGCUGGUGCCUUUGAACAGAGAUCUUCCCUUUCUGGAGGGGCAGUAGCACGACAUGUGUUAUGCUGCCACAAACGACAUUUGGGGGCAGAGGAGGCGCAGAGGAGGGCCUGGCUGCUCCAGAAGUCCUUGCCUUGUCAGGCUCACAAAUCUCCGGUGCUGCCCAGCAAGGCCAGGUCACCGGCAGGGUUCAGAGAGACUUUCCCGCAGGCACUUUCAUGCCUGUCCCUUAGCACCGCACAGACACGGGGACAGCGUGGGGCUACGGAAACGAGACGGGGUUGACUUGCUCCUUCCCCUGUUGGUACACAAACGUUUGGUCAUACUGCAAAAGUCGCCUUUCCGUACACGUGGGAGAGGCAUUUACGCAAACAGCCCCGCCUGCUACCGAAAGAGGCGGCGCCCGCGAAAAGCCGACGGGUGGGGGCAGCAUCUCCCGCGAAGGGCGGUGAAACGGGGCCAGAGAGCGCGGGGUGACACCGGGCCGGGGGACAGCGGCGAGCGGGGGCGGCGCUGGCCCGGCCACCGCACCUGCGGCCGCCCGCGGCCCCGCCAGGUGGCGCCGUUCCCCGCCCGCAGGCGGCGCAGCGGGCCCGGGGGCCGCGGGUUCGUGUUCCGGGGAAGCGGGUUCCUGUCCCGGGGAAAUGGGUUCGUGUUCCGGGGAAGCGGGUGCCUGUCCCGGGAAAAUGGCUUGAAGUCCUGCGGGGCAGCAGGAGGAUGGGGAUGCGCCCCCGCCGCUCCAGCCGGGUCCUGGGAGGCUAGACCCGGAGAGAGGAAAUUUUCAGCUGAACAAAAAGUGUCCCUGUCAUUCAAGAAGCACCACAGAAAUAUAUUUCAACAAAGCUUUCCCCUGGGAAAACUUGGAAGAUGGGGAAAGAGUGACUUUAUAUAAGGACUGGUCCCUGUUUUGUCUGAAUGAAGCCUCUGCCCAGAAUCAGCACUGAAACACCAAAUUAAAACAAACCACUGUCCAAGUCCUAUCAAAAUUUCUGUGCAACACUUUGCUUACUUCUGUUUUUAAAUGAAACAUCAAUUUGCUUUAAUUAUAUGCAAAGCAAAUUUUAUUUUGGUAUUCUAGAGGGCUGCCAUGAAAUGGAGUCAUAGUCCUCUUGGCUAUCAUGGUGAUUGAUUGCAUUUUUUCCUAAUCAUGGUGAGAGGGCUGUGGUUUCUUAUCAGGCUGCUGCAUUUAUGUUAUGUUCUGUAUCUGUUUUAUCAUCUGCUAGUUGUAAGAGCUUAAAUCAAUAAAGCUUGAUUGCCUGA